GGCUACCCGCUUGGCCAGUGGUACAAGGUCAUGUGCGACGCCGAGACCAACUUGCUCUUGCCGUAUCGGACUCAGGAGGCGCUCAUCAGCCUCCGGGGUGGUCUCCGGCUGCUGCCCCAAGAGCUCUUGACCGAGUCAACGACCGCGCAUGCCUACUGGGACGCAUUUCUCACUGCGUACAAGUGCAUCUGUUUGAACGCGGCGACGAUUCCGCCCAAGUUUGUCAUGCCGAGUUCAGAGAGUGUGCCCAAGGUAGCACAUGGCUUUUUGCUCGGUGCGGCUAUCGCCUCCGUGCGCAGCCACGUCCUAUUGCACCCGGCGCACCGAGCGGCGCUCGACAAGCUCGGUCUCGCGUGGUCGACCUCGGUGCCGGAACCGGCGGCGGCUACGACACCCAAGCACCGCAGCUACCGGUGGCCAGAAAAGGUGCGCGCGCUGGAACGGUACAAGGCGCUACACGGCCACUGCGACGUCCCAGUGUCGUUUGUCGUACCGUCGAGUAGAGACUGGCCACAGGAUCUGCACGGCUGUCGCCUUGGGUACUUGGUGUCUCGCUUCCACUCGGAGCUGUCGUCGAUCCCUGCAGAAUACAAGCCGGUCAUUGCAGGCUUGACCGUCACAGACGCCUCCACCGGCAGCUCGAGCAGCAACCCUUUUGUCUACGACAUGGCGAGCAGCAACAGUGAUGACGAUGCAUCGGACGAGGAAGACGACCUGGACUGGUCGCCGCCAGAACCAAAGCGACCGCGCGUCUCAUCACCCAUCGAUGCUCUCAGAGAACCGGAACCCGAAGCCGCCACGCCGCGUCGAACGACGUUGACCGACCUCUCGCCACCGAUCGCGCCUCCCCGCCCCACCAUCGAGAUCCCGCAACCGGUGUCAGAACCAACGAACGACAUGACGCGCAAGCGACCGCUGUCGCCGCCGGCCAAGCCGCGCCGCGCUGGCACGGCCAUCGACGACGACGCGUGGCUCGACGUCCUCUUGGCGCUCAAGGUCUACCGCCUGCUGUAUGGCCACUGCAAGGUGCCCCUGUCUUUCUUUGUGCCCCGCCUCGACCACACGCCGACAGCGUGGCCGUUGCAUUUGACGGGCAUGCGCCUCGGCGCCGCCGUCAAGACGCUGCGCACGUGCUACCUUCCCGAGCGGUUCGUCUCGGCGCUUGAUGCGAUCGGGUUUGUGUGGCGCCAGGACGGUCGGCUCAUCCCAACAGGCACGUCGCUCUUUGACGAGAUCGACGCGGUACCGUUCGCGGCCAUGAUCACAGCACUCGAGGUCCACGUCGCGACGCACCAGACGACGCUGAUCCCGGCGCACGCAACGUUUGUGCAUACGAGUGUGUGGCAUCGUUCCUGGACGUACGUUCUCGCCGACGUUGUGCCGGCGCUGGAAGCUCGUUUCUACCAGCUCUCGGACGUGCAAAUGGCCCGUCUCCGGGACCUCGGCUACUGCAAGCAACUGCCGCUCUGGGACGACCUCAUGGACCUCCUCCAACGGUAUUACGAGCACGUGGUGCCGCCGGGCAGUGGCGUCGCGAUCGAUUUUGUCGUGCCACCAGAUGCGAUUGCGUGGCCAAGCCAGUGGCACGGUCUCGAGCUCGGGCUGCUCUUCUGGUCCGUCGGUCUCACACACACAACGACGUUGUCCGAGAGUCGACGGCGCGAUCUAAAGACGCACAAGUUUGUCUUCAACACGGUGCACACGUGGGCCAAGGUGCUUGACGCGCUCACGACCUACGACAGCUUGAGCACGAAGCCGUCGUCCUUUGCUAUUGGACGCUCGUACGUUACGCCGACGUCGGCAGUGUGGCCUGCGGCGCUUCGCGGCUACCCGCUUGGCCAGUGGUACAAGGUCAUGUGCGACGCCGAGACCAACUUGCUCUUGCCGUAUCGGACUCAGGAGGCGCUCAUCAGCCUCCGGGGUGGUCUCCGGCUGCUGCCCCAAGAGCUCUUGACCGAGUCAACGACCGCGCAUGCCUACUGGGACGCAUUUCUCACUGCGUACAAGUGCAUCUGUUUGAACGCGGCGACGAUUCCGCCCAAGUUUGUCAUGCCGAGUUCAGAGAGUGUGCCCAAGGUAGCACAUGGCUUUUUGCUCGGGGCGGCUAUCGCCUCCGUGCGCAGCCACGUCCUAUUGCACCCGGCGCACCGAGCGGCGCUCGACAAGCUCGGUCUCGCGUGGUCGACCUCGGUGCCGGAACCGGCAGCUACGGAGCCAGUGGAGAUCGCGGAAUGGGUGCCGACGCCACGACGCCGGAACUACCGGUGGCCAGACAAGAUGCGUGCGCUUGAAGCUUUUAAGGAGCUGCAUGGCCACUGCGGCGUGCCCACGGCAUUUGUUGUGCCGUCGAGCACCGAGUGGCCUGAGGACCUGCACGGCUGUCGCCUUGGCGCCUUGGUGUCUCGGUUUUUCGCCGAGCCGCGCUCGGUGCCUGCAGAUUAUGUGCCGUUGAUCUCAGCGCUGGCUGUUGUGUCGGUGCCAGGCGACACGAUCGUCGCGCCCACAGUCAACGCCGACGGCACGGUUGUCAACGCCUUUGCUAGCUCUGACACCGACACGACAAGCGAUUCCAGCGACGCUGACGCAACCUCUGCCGUCGACGCGCCCAUGGACGCCACGACCCAAGAUGACGCUACUGUCACGGACGGCGAGCGUUUUGGCCGACGCCACCAUGGUCGCUGUCCGCACAGAUGA